UGCAUGGGGAAAAAGUGACUUGCCCUUACUGCAGCCAUGAGUCAGGUGAGGGGAGGCAUUUCCCAGAGCUCAAGGCAGAAAGAGGAGGCAGGAGGGACCUCAGAUCACACAGCCACGGGCUCUCCAUCCACCUUUCUUUAACUGGGAUUUGUGUCACCCCUUUCUGUCACUUCUCCCACAGCUCCCCUCUUGUUCUGUUCCACACCUAUCUUAGUUUGUAGUUGUAAGCUGUUUAUAAGCACGAUCGUAUACACUUUUUUAAAAUUUCAUUCACUUAACAGCCCUGUGAAGUGCUAUCAGCCCAUUUUAUAGGUGGAGAAACAGACUCGAGAGAGCUAAGUACUUGGCCCAGCAAUAAGGAGCCAGAAUCAAACUCAGGUUUUUUGACUUGGCGGUACUUUUAACGUCGACUCCGUCAUCCAGCCCUGCAUGGUGGGAGUAUCAGAGACGAAGGAGGACCGUGUCGUCAGAGGGGUUGAGCUCUUUGUUUGGGUUCCGUGAAAGACAGAAUGGGCUGAACUGGAACUGACCUACAUGUCCGCCAAAGGAGUCGUCCAGCAUGCUCUGCCCACCGCGCGCCGAGGUGCCCUGACCAUGAGCCUCAACUCCUCCCUCGGCCAUGGGAAGGAGCUGAGUAACCUCACAGAGGAGGAGGGUGGCGAAGAGGGGGUCGUCGUCACCAGCUUCGUCGCCAUCAUCAUCAUCACCGUGUUCGUCUGCCUGGGCAACCUGGUCAUCGUGGUCACCUUGUACAAGAAGUCCUACCUCCUCACCCUCAGCAACAAGUUCGUCUUCAGCCUGACCCUGUCCAACUUCCUGCUGUCCGUGCUGGUGCUGCCUUUCGUGGCCACCAGCUCCAUCCGGAGGGAAUGGAUCUUCGGCGUGGUCUGGUGCAACUUCUCCGCCCUUCUGUACCUGCUGAUCAGCUCGGCCAGCAUGCUCACGCUGGGGGUCAUAGCUGUCGACCGCUACUAUGCUGUCCUGUACCUGGUGUACCCCAUGAAGAUCACGGGGGAACGCGCCGUGAUGGCGCUUGUCUUAUGGCUUCACUCCCUCAUCGGUGCCUGCCGCCUCUCUUGGGUGGUCGUCGGCGAGUUUGACGAGUUCAAGUGGAGUGUGGCUGCGUGGCACCGGGAGCCCGGCUAUACCGCCUUCUGGCAGAUCUGGUGUGCCCUCUUCCCCUUUCUGGUCAUGCUGGUGUGCUAGGCUUUAUCUUCCGCGUGGCCGGGUCAAGGCGCGCAGGUGCACUGUGGCAACGUGGUCAUCGUGGAGGAGGCCCAGAGGGAUGGGAGGAAGAACUCCAGCACCUCCACCUCCUCGUCCGGCAGUAGGAGGAACGCCUUUCAGGGCGUGGUCUAUUCGGCCAACCAGUGCAAAGCCCUCAUCACCAUCCUGGUGGUCGUCGGUGCCUUCAUGGUCACCUGGGGCCCCUACAUGGUUGUCAUCACCUCUGAGGCCCUCUGGGGGAAGAACUACGUCUCCCCGACCCUGGAGACCUGGGCCACGUGGCUGUCCUUUACCAGCGCCAUCUGCCACCCCCUGAUCUAUGGGCUCUGGAACAAGACGGUUCGCAAGGAGCUGCUGGGCAUGUGCUUUGGGGAUCGGUAUUACCGGGAAGCCGUUGUGCAGCGGCAGAGGACUUCCAGGCUCUUCAGCAUUUCCAACAGGAUCACAGACCUGGGCCUGUCCCCACACCUCACGGCGCUCAUGGCAGGCGGACAGCCCCUGGGGAACAGCAGCAGCACCGGGGACACCGGCUUCAGCUGCUCCCAGGACUCAGGGACAGAUGUGAUGCUGCUCGAGGACUACACGUCGGAUGACAACCCUCCCUCCCACUGUACUUGCCCCCCCAAGAGGAGGAGCUCGGUGACAUUUGAGGAUGAAGUGGAACAAAUGAAAGAUGCUGCCAGGAACCCUAUUUUGCACGUGAAAGCCGAAGUGCACGAGUCCCUGGACAGUUACGCAGCCAGCUUGGCCAGAGUCAUCGAGGCCGAAGCCAAAAUCAACCUGUUCGGGGAGGAGGCUUUGCCAGGGGUCCUGGCGGCCGCGCGGACCGUCCCGGGGGCCGGCUUCGGGGGCCGCCGAGGCAGCAGGACUCCGGCGAGUCAGAGGCUGCAGCUGCAGAGCAUCGAAGAAGGGAACGUUUUAGCUGCGGAACAGAGAUGAGAGCCCGGGGUGGACCGUCUCUCCCGCGGGGUCGCCCGGGGACAGAACACCUGAGGUGCGGCCAGCAGGAAACACCGAACGGAGUGUCUCGUGAGGCCGCGCGUGGGCUCCUUGGAGGUCCUGGCGAUGGGACCAGCGGCGUCCGAGGCACGGAGGAAAGCGGACGGAGGUGUGGCCAGGACUUUCCGGGAGGUGGGGCGUAGAAGGGACUAGAGACCGGGGCUGGGAAGGAAACCACCAGGUGGCUGACUCCCUCUUCCUGACCCGGGCACCCGGCAGGGAUCUCAGGCGGCGAGCCCUUCCCAGCGCGCUUCGGGGGACCGCAUGUCCUAACCACAUGAGACCAGCCCCCGGCGUCUGCGUGGUUGAUGCGGCUCCCGUGGGACUGGGGUUCUGCACUGAAUGGUCCCCAGAGGAGACCCUGGAGCAGGGCCGGUCAGAUGGGAGUUCCCACACUUCCAUCCCGGUUGUGACCUUGCAGCCCGCAUGGAGCCACCUGCUGGUGCCAGUAGGGACGAUCCACAGGCCCCCCCCCCCCCCCCCCGCCCCGGGGCGCGGAAGCAGCAGGCCUGAGGCUGCUGUUGCUGAGAAUGGGGGCCGUUCUGCCAGCCUCUCUAUUGACUGAUUCUUUCAAAAGAAGGGAAAAACCACUGUCAAAGCCAGGAGGAAGGAGCAGGUGCCAGAUGUUUCAUUUCCAGAAUUUAAAACAAAAAUGCGUUCGGUUAGGACAGGCCAUGCUCCUCCCAAGCCGGAAUGGGGCUGUGGUGCCCAGCACGGCGGGGACACACAGACACCGUAGUCACAUAGGACAGCCUCCUCUGACAGGCUGUGGUGGCCCCGUGACCAGUCAGAAUUGCAGCUUCUAGCUGCACAGGGACAGUCCCCCCGCCCCACGCAACGGCUGCUGGUCCCCUGGCCCCGGGGCGUGAGGCAGGAUGGAGUGCAGACGUCGCUGCACCUGUGCCCCUCGAAGCCGUCCAUCCGGAAAGUGGGAUAAAGGGGGCCGGAAGUGGGAUUUGAAUGGUCUCCAAGGUCAUUUCCAGCUGUGAUCUUUGACGUUGUAGGUUAGAGGUGGGGGCCGGGGGGGGGGGGGGGAAGUGGACCCUCCCACGGGCGCAGGCACAUCUUUCCAGAUGGUUUCUGAUGGGUGUAUGAAGCCCUGAGGGGCGGGCGCGGUGUGUGGGCUCGUCAGACCUGUUUCGAGCAGGGUCCUGAGCGACCACCCAGGUGUAGGCGGAGGAAGAGGUGGAAGGGGAGCGUCGGAACGUGAUUCGUCUGGUUAGAGCGCGCCCGCCUCCCCCUUCGAUCUGGGACAUUUGUUGACGUGCGGGCUGGCAGUAGUGCUGUGGUGACUCGGGAAGCCUUCGAACCGCCUGGGUCAUCAGCCGAGUGCCAGACUUUCCCCGCCCUCGCAAUUCUAGGCGGGCCGCAGGGGGCAGAUUCGCGGAGAUCCAGCCGCCCCAGGAAGCACACUCCGUUGUGGUGUUUCCUUUGGGGCCUAGCCAGCUCCUGGUGACGCAUCGUCCUUUGGCUGCGCGGUCCCCGGCGCGCAGGUUCCUAAAGCCCUCUCCCGAGGUGAGGGCUCGCUGCCUUCCUGGUGACCGAGCCCAUCGGCAGUGCUCUGGGUCAGCAGGGUGCCGGGGCACCGGUCUAGGUUCUGGAUGGGGCGGGAAGGAGCAGGUGGCUUUUCCAGAGGAGCGGAGGGCACAUACGCCUGUGGGAUCUGCCCAGACGUGCAGGUCACACGGACUCUGCUCCCACUACUGGGCGUCAUUCCUGAAUCUUAGGGCCUCUUACGUUUUCUGUGUGUCUUUUUUCCCACCCUUGUCUAGUAAGGGGACCAUGUUCCCGAGAAACCAGUGUGCACGGAGAUGAGCUUUAAUCUCUAGGCCGGAAUAACCUGGGAUGGCUUGCCCACGAGGCCGUUUUGAGAGCAGCAUGCCGGCUUGGAACCCAGGGGUUGAAGAGCGCUUCCCCUGGGCUGCGCUCGGCUGGGCUCGGCCGGGCUCUAAGGGAAGAGUCUUGGGACCCCAAGUCCCCGCUGGCGGAUCCCAGACUGGCUGCGAUUUGCUGGGGUUUCACCUGCGCCUGGCUUUACAGGGUCUGUUUCCCUUUUUUCUGUUGACACUCCUAGGCACCGCGUAGCUACUGUGUGCAAAGCACCAGGCUGGCCUCUGGGCGGUGCCUUUAAAGUGUCUUCCUUCACUCGUUAUAAUACAGGGAGAGACUCGGGUGAUACCGAAGAUAAUGGCAAAGUCAAGUACUUAUUCGUUCACCGGAGGGAGGUGGAUAUUUCCGGGUAGGGCAGCUGGGGAUGGCUCCGUGAGGUAGGUGACGACCUCAGAGGACGCGUGGCAGCUAGAACCGCAUUUUGCAUAUUCGGGGAUCCAGAGCCUGAGUGAGAGCAAGAGCCGGUGAGGAAAGAGGUGGGCGAGGAGAGGAAAAGCCCACAAUUUGCACACAUUCUGGAGUUUCCGAGAGGCAUUUUGGAGGACACCGGUUCUCGGUGCAGAAGGUCAAAACCCCAGCUGCCCCCACUCCCCCCGGGCCUGUCAGCGUCAUACUGCUGUGUGGUGGCAGCUUGAUACCUUCCUAGGGGACCACAGGGAGAGUGGCAGGGUGGACAUUUGGGCACACAGUUGCUUAAAAACCUCACUCCCAUGUCUUCCCGUUUAAGGCUGUUGUCCGUCUCUGCCGCCUUCAUCGAGAUUGCCAUUUGACUGGGUCCCUGCGCUGUGCUGGGGACGCCAGGUCUGGGGGCUCUGGUGGCGCACGCUACAGGGCACACCUAGGCCGCUCCCCCGGCCAGAGGCACGGAGCUCAGGCGCUUGGGGCCCUGGCCACUAGGUGGCAGCAGCGUGGCUGUGAUGCCGCCCGCAGUUCUAGAAAACCCGAAGGGCAAAGCUGAAGGCUCGUCUGCUUCCAGCAGAGCCGGUGCUCAGAACGCUUCGUCCCCGGCCGCCCUCGGCCUUCAAGGCCCCCUGCUUCCCCGGUAGACCCUCCCGGGGCGGAUCCUGCUUCUGCUCCGCUGUGUAUGUUACCCGACGUUACCCGGUCGUGCAGGGGAGGUGGGCUCGCGGCUGUAAGACCAGGGCCCCCGGGGCUGCCAAGUAGUCUGCAUGGACCUGAGCCACCCGCGAGACUGACUCUGCAUUCGUAUCGGUCGAGGCCUUCGGGUGGGGCCGAAGAGGGAGGAGACGUGCUUUGAUACGGGGAGAUCUUGUAAGUCCGCUCGCACUUCACCGGCGAGCACGUGUCCAUCCUGACGGCGGGGCCCUGAGAUGCUUGCGCCUUUGAGUUCCGUCUCCGGAGGGACCGCAGGGCGUGCUCAUGAUGGUGGUCGGCCUUGAGCCCGGCUGCCUCCCGUCCGAGG